ACACCUUCCCUCAAUCCCUCCUCUCCCACUCUUCCCUCUUCUCCAUUGCCCCACCAAGAAGCCAACAACCAGUUCACACACUGUCCUAGCAGAGCAACAGAGCCGGCCCGAGGCUCCCGGCCGGCCGUUUGCUAGGUGGCGCCACCAUGUCCAGCGGCGUCCUCCUCCUCGUCCUGCUCGCCGUAUUCGCCUCCACGGCCAAUGCGGCCGUCUCCUACGACCACAGGGCCGUGGUCAUCAACGGGCAGCGCCGCAUCCUCAUGUCCGGCUCCAUCCACUACCCGCGCAGCACCCCGGAGAUGUGGCCGGACCUGAUCCAGAAGGCCAAGGACGGCGGCCUCGACGUGAUCCAGACGUACGUGUUCUGGAACGGGCACGAGCCGGUGCAGGGGCAGUACUACUUCGGCGACCGCUACGACCUCGUCCGCUUCGUCAAGCUCGCCAAGCAGGCCGGACUCUACGUCCACCUCCGCAUCGGACCAUACGUCUGCGCCGAGUGGAACUUCGGUGGAUUCCCUGUCUGGCUCAAGUAUGUGCCUGGCAUGAGCUUCCGGACUGACAAUGGCCCCUUCAAGGCGGCGAUGCAGACGUUCGUGGAGAAGAUCGUGUCGAUGAUGAAGUCGGAGGGGCUCUUCGAGUGGCAGGGCGGGCCCAUCAUCCUGGCUCAGGUGGAGAACGAGUACGGGCCCAUGGAGUCCGUCAUGGGCGCCGGCGCCAAGCCCUACGCCAACUGGGCAGCCAAGAUGGCCGUCGCCACCGACGCCGGCGUGCCGUGGGUGAUGUGCAAGCAGGAGGACGCCCCGGACCCCGUGAUAAACACCUGCAACGGUUUCUACUGCGACGACUUCACCCCCAACUCCAAAGGCAAGCCUUCCAUGUGGACUGAAGCUUGGAGUGGAUGGUUUACGGCUUUCGGAGGCGCGGUGCCCCACCGGCCGGUGGAGGAUCUAGCGUUCGCGGUGGCGAGGUACGUCCAGAAGGGCGGCUCCUUCGUGAACUACUACAUGUACCAUGGAGGCACUAACUUCGACCGCACCGCCGGUGGCCCAUUCAUCGCAACGAGCUACGACUACGACGCCCCGAUUGACGAAUACGGUCUGCUUAGACAGCCGAAAUGGGGUCACCUGAGGGACCUGCACAAGGCCAUCAAGCAGGCCGAGCCGGCACUCGUCUCCGGAGAUCCCACCGUCCAGUCCAUUGGGAGCUACGAGAAGGCGUACGUGUUUAAGUCGAGCACCGGAGCCUGCGCCGCGUUCCUGUCCAAUUACCACACAAGCUCCGCCGCGAAAGUGGUUUACAACGGGCAGCGGUACGACCUCCCGGCAUGGUCCAUCAGCAUCCUGCCGGACUGCAAGACCGCCGUCUUCAACACCGCCACGGUGAAGGAGCCGUCGGCGCCGGCGAAGAUGAACCCGGCAGGGGGCUUCUCGUGGCAGUCGUACAGCGAGGACACCAACUCGCUGGACUCGAGCGCCUUCACCAAGGACGGCCUGGUGGAGCAGCUGAGCAUGACCUGGGACAAGUCGGACUACCUGUGGUACACCACCUACGUGAACAUCGACUCGAGCGAGCAGUUCUUGAAGUCCGGCCAGUGGCCGCAGCUCACCAUCAACUCUGCCGGCCACUCGUUGCAGGUGUUCGUCAACGGGCAAUCUUACGGAACUGCUUAUGGAGGUUAUGACAACCCUAAACUCACGUACAGCAAGUCCGUGAAGAUGUGGCAGGGCAGCAACAAGAUCUCCAUCCUGAGCUCCGCAAUGGGCCUAGCUAAUAUGGGUACCCACUACGAGACCUGGAACGUGGGCGUUCUCGGCCCGGUGACACUCUCAGGGCUGAACCAGGGGAAGAGAGACCUCAGCAACCAGAAAUGGACAUACCAGGUCGGCCUGAAAGGCGAAUCGCUCGGCGUGAACACCAUCACCGGAAGCUCCUCCGUCGAGUGGAGCAGCGCCAGCGGCGCGCAGCCACUGACAUGGCACAAGGCCUACUUCGCCGCGCCGGCCGGCAGCGCGCCGGUGGCCCUGGACAUGGGCAGCAUGGGGAAGGGGCAGAUCUGGGUGAACGGCCACAACGCCGGGCGGUACUGGUCGUACAAGGCCUCCGGCAGCUGCGGCGGCUGCAGCUACACCGGCACCUACAGCGAGACCAAGUGCCAGACCAACUGCGGCGACGUCUCCCAGCGGUGGUACCACGUGCCCCGCUCCUGGCUCAAGCCCAGCGGGAACAUGCUCGUCGUGCUCGAGGAGUUCGGCGGCGACCUGUCGGGCGUCACGCUGGUGACCAGGACGACAUGAGAGAAGAAGAGGAGAGCUUGAAGAAAUCGAAGCGGGUGGACACAAAUUAGUUUUGAAUAGAUUUCACUGAUGGAUUUGAGGAGCACAGAUAUAUACCACGUAGAUACUGAUGUCGCUGGUGGAGUACGUACAAGGAGUACCAGCAUUAUUUAUUGGGAGUGGACUUGGCCGCCGGCGUGGUUGCAGGAACUGCAGCUCCGGCGAGGUGGCCGUCGUUAUACACUUAUUUCGAGCAAUAGCCUCUAGGUGGAUUUUCUCUAUAGCCUGCGCACGCAUGUGCCCAAUCUGUAUUGCAGAAUUUAUUUUGGCAUGUGGUAGUGGUACGUGCUCUUUUUAAUUUACGUAUUUUUUAUUAAAA